AUGGACGUUGUGCUGGACGGUGAAGCGCCCCUCUCUGCCGAUGACUCGCUUUCCUUCCCCCUCCUCAAGCUCAUUGUCGAGGCGAGGAAUGAGCAUGGUAUGCGGCAGCAGGACUGGGCUCGCUACCGCAAGUACUGUACGACCAAGACCCAACGUAUACGCUCGACACUGCAGUUGACGCAUAUCGAUGCGGCCUCGCACAAACAGACCAAGCCCAAACGCAGCCACAAACGGACGAAGCGCCUGACGCCCGAGCAGCAAAGUGCCGCUGCCAAAGGCCAAGGGCAUACGUUUGUUCGUCGUACUAUUGCGUUGGAGCAGGUCACGGACACGCGGCCGAUGGAGCUGCUUCUCUUCGAAGCCGAGCACUGUUGGUCGGCGGCCGAAGAGCUCUGGGCGCAGCAGACGGAAGAGACACGCGCCGUGCUGCGCCGCCGUAGCCUUGGCCGUGCACGUCGGGCUGUGCACUAUGCCGAGCAGCUCGUGGCCCUGUCCAACGCCCUGCCCGCGCUGGACACGCCCAGCCGCGCGCAGUGCUUGGCCUACCAGGGCCUCGUGCGUAGUGCGCAGCAGUUUAUUCAGGGCCGGUGGGAGGCAACGCUGCGUGUCGCGGCUGUGACGCGCCAGCUACUUACUUGCCUGGCUGAAUGCAGCUCGUCGAGUCGUGAAGAGGCGCUGGCCAGCAGCUUCUUGGAUGGCUUGGAUGCGCAGAUCCGCUUUGCUGCCUACUCCCUCGGCGACACCGACGACACAGACACGACUGUGCAGCGUAUCGCUACGCCGAGUGCUUGUGAAGAGACGCUCCCUGGCUUCGAGGCUGUGACCACUGCGUUGCGCACGACGCAUACGUCGGCGCCGACGGCACCGUUGGAACUGCCAUGGCGUCAGACGACCAUUCCUGUACCCACAGUGGAACUGCACGAUGUCGUGACGCGUGUGCGUGCGGAAGAACAAGGGCUGCAGCGUUCUGUCCAGGCAAGCGCGUCUUCUUCUGCAGCGCGCGCUUCAUCGUCGUCCAAGACUCGUGCUCGUCUCACGCAUGCGGAGCGCAACGCGAAGCGCCGAGGCAACAGUCAUGCAGGUGCGCAGCGCUUGCACGACGGCCGUGCGAACCACAGCGAGAUGGAUCCUUUCGAUCGUGCGCUGAGUGCCUUGACGGAUGCGGAAUCUGUGGCGCGUACAUUGGUCGAGGAGAAUGCCGAAGCGCUGGCCAAGACGCACUCGGCUCGCUACGAGGCAGCUGGUCUGACGCUGCGCCGUGCGCAUGAAUGGCUCACGUACCGCCUGAUGUGCGUGCGCGUGGCUCGCAAUGUCCGCUUGCUGGCGGAUGUCCAGGCGCGAGCAGAGAAACGCGAAGCGCGUGCGUUGUCGUUGGCCGAUGAACGCUCGUGUCGUACUGCGCGUCGGCCUACCACGACGACUACGACCUCCACACCCAGCCCAAAGAAACCACAGCCAGGCUCGCGUGCGAAGCGACCACGCUCCACGCCGAAGCGCUUUGUUCGCCCUCCUGGCCGCAGUGGCACACGUCGCGUCGCGAAACAGCGUCGUACGGCGCAGACCCAGCGUGCCGAUGAGGCCGUGCGGGCUCAGCAAGAGCGCCGUCGUCUGCGCCUCGUGCCUGGUCUAGCCAAGCUGCUGGAUACCAUGGAUAGCAGCUUGCUCGCUAUGGGCGGCUUGGAAAUGGUCGAAGCUGAGCCGGAUGUAUCCAACCUGCUGGAAGCGAAGCGAUUCUACUACUGUGCUGUACUGCUGGAGCAUUUGGCACAUGCCUUUGCGCAGUACCACCUGCCGGCAGAGGCAUUGGUCCUGCUUCAGCGUGCCGACCUGUACAUCCGCCAAGCCUCGCAAUCGCUUGAGCUGGCUGAGGGCGCCGACGAUGAAGAUGCGCAGUUUGUUCCCUACCUGCUGGGCGACGACAAGGCUAUUCUGUCGACGCAAACGCAGCGCAUUCAGCAGCUUCGCUUGCAUGUACUCAAAGACAUGGAUGUGACGCCUGCCUCGUCCCAGGCCCCCACGUCGAUCCAGUCGACCAAGUCCGGUCAGACGUUGUACUACCAUGCUUUGCAUCACGUCUCGUUCGAUCCUGUGGAUGUAGAGCAUGCCGUCACACAAGCACGUACGAUGGUCCCUACAUCCACAGAUUCUACGUGGGUGGAUGAAGAUGACGAGGAGGCUAUGGACGACGCCGAGGAAGAUGCGCGUCUCGACGUCGACGCCCAGCCUAUGGAGGAAGACACACCCGCCAUGCCGAUUGCCUCAGCGCCUCCCACAGAUGGUCCCUUCGAUCCUAUGAAUGCACUCGAAGAAGAGGAGGAGAGGGAGAACGAGGCGAAGAAGUCGCGUGGAUGGCUACGUGGCUGGUUUAAGUAG